AUGUCGGUCGAGAAGCACAUUGUGGAAGUUGCUUCGGCUUUUUCUCUCUUCUCGAUCAUUGCAUGUCUCGUCGUGAUCCCAUCACUGUACAAUGAGAUCACUGAAGUACACGACAUGGUACUUAACGCGGUUGCCGCAUUUCGUGUGCAAACGGAUUCAGCAUGGGUGGAAAUGAUGGAUAUCCAGCUUCAUGUCAAUCCUCCAUCGAAAGCACCUAGACAUCCGUUUAGUUCCUUUUUCCGACCAAAAAGACAGUCAUUCGCUGGUUUACCAGCAUGGUGUCAUUGUGAGCCAGAGAGGAUCACUUGCCCACCUGGUCCUCCCGGCCCACCCGGACAGCCGGGAAUGCCGGGAAACCCUGGUCCACCUGGACCACCAGGUCGAGAUGAUAUGACUAUUUAUGCACCCAUCCAUUGUCCUGCUCCAGAUACGGCAUGUAUCAGAUGCCCACCGGGACCGCCAGGCCCUCCUGGGCCCGAUGGACAACCAGGCAACCCAGGAAUGGAUGGCAGACCUGGAAGCCCAGGAAAUCGUGGACAGAACGGUCCACCUGGACCAGCGGGACCUAUGGGCGAACCUGGACAACCCGGUCAUCCAGGUAUGGAUGGUCGGCCGGGAUCACCUGGCAUGGAUGGCAGGAAGGGGGUGGGUCAGGCUGGUAUGCCAGGAACUAUGGGCCCGCGAGGAGAUAUGGGUAAACCUGGGCCAAAUGGUAACGACGGCCCACCAGGUCAGCCGGGCCAACAGGGACCGCCGGGACAAACUGGUAUGCCUGGACAGCGCGGAAACGAUGGAACUCCAGGAAUGAAUGGAAUGCCUGGAGCGCCGGGAAAAGAUGCCCAUUAUUGUCCUUGUCCACAUCGUACCAAUGUGCGUAUCAAGAAGAAGAAGGUUUGA